GAUACCAGGAAGUGAUUUUUGUUGAUCUGCUGUGUCAUUCUGAAUUUCUAUUUGAUUCUUAUUUCUCAUCACCCUAUUCAUAAAAAUAGAGUUCGCCAUACUUAUUUUACACACUUUCUACACGAUCCAACUCACAGCAUGACAUCCUACUUUGAUGAACACGAUUGCGAACCCCUCAAAGAAGGGGAACGUCCCAAUGAAUUACUUCAUUUAGCAAGAUUACUAUUGGACACUGGUUUGGCAUUUGAGGAUGAAUUUUCUGGCUUUUUCCGAGGCGAGAAACCACCUCCUCCAGCAUCGAAAAAAGUUGUUGAGUCUCUGCCAUCAAUCUUAAUCAGUCCAACACAAGCUGCCACUGGAGCCAGUUGUCCCAUUUGUCUUGGGAAAUAUGAUGAAGAGGAUUCUGUAAAACAGCUGCCAUGCAAACAUCGCUUCCACCCAACAUGCAUUAUGCCUUGGCUAGAGAGGACCAACAGUUGCCCAGUGUGUCGACACGAGUUACCAACAGAUGACAAAGAAUAUGAAGAGUUUAGAAAACACAAGGCAAGAAAAGAACAAAGAGAUUUUGAUCUUGAAAAUCUACAUGGAUCGAUGUAUGGGUGAAAUCUCAAGACUCAUUGGGAUGACCACACCCAUGUUAACAAUCAUAAGGAAAAACGGGCAUACCGGUGUAACAUUUUUUUGGUGUUUUUCUCUUAACCUUCAUUGUUGGGGAAUACUGAAAGACAGACUGUUCUUUACCCUAUUAAAGAGUCAUGGGCUCUCCAGCUGUGUAUGGAAACACUCAUACAUGGGAGCAACCAAAACAUUUUACACUGGUAGUAGACAUUGGAAUGUCAAUUUGAAGAGGAACUGCCAUGGACUACAAAUACAUCUAGUGGAUAAUGUGUUUAGAUACACAAUAGGACAUAUUGUCCUCCAAACAGAAAACAUUGAUUAUGCACACGGACCUACAGUGUAUCAGUUGGUUCUAAGUGAUUGACACAAGGAAGGCAUUACUGGAAUUCAGUGUAGUUUUAUGUCUUGCAAGAUUUCUAAACCAGCUCUCUGUAGCAUUGCUGUUGAACAAAAUAUUUAUGUGUCUGUACCAUAGUUGUUGAAUAAAUAUUUAUGUUUUA